AGUUUUAUUCGAUUGGUCGAUUUUGAAUUCUAAAUUUAUAUCUGUGAAGAACGCGGGCUGAAGUCAAAUACAUUCACGACUGUGCAUAUAGAGAUAACAAAUCGUCAUCCUAACUAAAUGAGACAAUUUAUUUAAUAAAUAAUUACAAAAUUGAUUUCUGAUGUUUAUCAUAAACUUAAUUUGAAAUUGCUACGAUUGUAAUACUAACCUAACCUAAAUCUAGACUUACUCCUUUAUGAUUUUUUAUCGCUCCAAUUAUCUGAUUGGUGGAAUUUUAGAACUGAAUCCACGCUAUUUGUAAAGGGAAAAGGAUCCACAUAUUUCCACGCAUGUGCUUUGCCAAAACAGUGUGUCCUCUUUGUAAUGUCUGCAUGCGUUAGAAUAGGUUGAAGUACUAAAGCAUGAAUUAUUAACAGAACCGUCUCGUUUCACUGAAUUUUAGAAGAAUUUUUACACCAUUAAUUUGAUAUAUGACGUAUAUAUAUCCCCAAAAAGUAUAUUUUAGUAAUUGUUUUUCCUAGCUCACUGUUCAAAGGAUAUCUUGCAAAAUGAAACAAAUUCUUUGUGGUAAAAUAGGAGAUAGGAUUGUGCUAAUUUCAAAGACAUCACGAUAUCCUUUACCUCUAUUUAGUGCAAGACAUUUAAUAUCUGGCAAGAUGAACAAGGUUUAUCAGCCAUUACUAGCAUCACCACAUAUACGCUACUUUGGAAACCCUAAUCGGACAUAUGCAGUUUUUAUUGGAAGAGUAUUAAGAGGAGCAUUAAAAGUUCGGUAUCUUCUAUUGGGUGGUGCAGUUGGUAGUGGAAUGACUUUACAGAAGAAAUAUGAACAAUGGAAAGAAAUUAUACCAGAUAUGAGUUGGUUGAAUGAUGUAUUUCCUAAUGAAGAAAAGUGGAAAGAUUUACGUGAAUCAGUUAUGACGGUUAAAAAUAUUUUCACAGAUAAGAUUGAAAUUGAUCCACGUAUAAAGCAGCUUGGCGAAGCUAAAUAUAAAGAGUACAAAGAGUGGUUCAAUCAAAGACUGGAUGAUGCUAUCAAGGCAGCUGAAGUUGAUCAAAUCCAACCAGGUGUGGAUAUUUCCUUUAAUCGUAUAUUUGACGCAAUCUCAACAAUAGUAUCCCAACUUUAUUCAGAAGCGAAGCAGCACGUGGUGAACAAUACUGUCGCAUUUGCUCGCCCAUUAGCUAACGACAAUAUCGAAGAGGAACGUAAGAAAGCUCAAAAGUCACAAGAGCGGUUGAACGCUAUGCAAGAAGAAGUAAUGCAAAUACAAUUAAGGUAUCAACGUGAACUUGAACGAUUAGAGAGAGAAAACAAAGAGCUUCGAAAGCAGAUGCUACUACGUGGAAGUCAAAAAAUGAGUAACAAAAAAAUAAAAAAAUCUUUGAUCGACAUGUACAGCGACGUUUUAGAUGAACUUAAUGAUUAUGAUAGCACUUAUUCUACUGCUGAUCAUUUACCAAGAGUGGUAGUAGUUGGUGAUCAAAGUUCUGGCAAAACAUCUGUAUUAGAAAUGAUCGCUCAAGCAAGAAUAUUUCCUAGAGGUGGUGGCGAAAUGAUGACAAGAGCUCCAGUGAAAGUUACUUUAAGUGAAGGUCCUUAUCAUAUAGCUCAAUUCAAAGAUAGUUCAAGAGAAUUCGAUUUGACGAAAGAGUCAGAAUUAGCUGAGCUAAGACGCGAAGUAGAAUUACGUAUGAAAAACAGUGUUAAAAAUGGCAAGACAGUUAGUCCAGAUGUGAUUUCGAUGACUGUGAAAGGUCCAGGCCUUCAGCGUAUGGUUCUCGUCGAUUUGCCUGGUAUAAUCAGCACAGUUACAAUUGACAUGGCGGAAGACACGCGAGAUGCUAUUCGACAAAUGACUCAACAAUAUAUGAGUAACCCUAAUGCGAUCAUUCUAUGUAUCCAAGAUGGUUCCGUGGAUGCAGAAAGGAGCAAUGUGACGGAUCUCGUUUCUCAAAUGGACCCUUCCGGCAAACGAACCAUUUUUGUUUUAACUAAGGUAGAUUUAGCAGAAGAGAACUUGGCCAAUCCAGAACGUGUUCGUAAAAUAUUGUCUGGCAAACUAUUCCCCAUGAAAGCAUUGGGCUACUUUGCUGUUGUCACUGGUAGAGGUAGACAGGAUGAUAGCAUACAAACGAUCAAAGAUUAUGAAGAAAAAUUCUUUAGAAAUUCGAAGCUCUUUAAGGAUGGCUUAGUAAUGUCAGGUCAAGUUACAACAAGAAAUUUGAGUCUCGCGGUUGCAGAAUGUUUUUGGAAGAUGGUUCGUGAGACUGUAGAACAACAAGCAGAUGCAUUUAAGGCCACUAGAUUUAAUCUUGAAACAGAAUGGAAAAAUAAUUUCCCAAGAUUAAGGGAAUUAGAUAGAGAUGAACUUUUCGAGAGAGCAAGAGGGGAGAUUCUGGACGAAAUUAUAAAUCUGUCUCAAGUUUCACCUAGACACUGGGAAGAGGUGUUAAUGGUUAGAAUCUGGGACAAAGUUAGCAUGCACGUGUUCGAGAACAUUUAUUUACCCGCGGCUCAAAGCGGAAGUCCAAGCACAUUUAAUACCACUGUCGACAUAAAACUUCGUCAGUGGGCUGAACAGCAAUUACCAUCUCGAAGCGUCGAAAGCGGUUGGGAAUGCUUGCAACAGGAAUUUCAACAUUUCAUGAAUCAGGCAAAACUUAGUCCAGAUCACGAUGAUAUAUUUGACAAUCUAAAAAAUGCAGUAGUUAACGAAGCUAUGAGGCGACAUUACUGGGAAGAAAAAGCAUCUGAAAUGCUGCGAGUUAUUCAACUGAACACUUUGGAGGAUAGAAGUGUGAAUGAUAAACGUGAUUGGGAUCAGGCAGUUCGUUUUCUAGAAACCUCAGUUAAAGAGAAAUUGCAAGCUACGGAACAAAUUUUAAGAGACAUGCUGGGUCCAGGUCGCAAGGAACGAUGGCUGUAUUGGCAGAGUCAGAGUGAUGACCAACAGAAACGUUCAGCUGUGAAGAACGAAUUAGAUAAAAUUCUUUAUGCGGACAAAAAACAUACUCCUACACUUACUCAGGAUGAACUUACGACAAUUAGGAAGAACGUGCAGCGAAAUGGUUUGGAAAUCGACAAUGAAUUCAUUCGAGAAACGUGGCAUCCAGUAUAUAGGAGAUUUUUCUUGCAACAAAGCUUGGCUAGGGCGUAUGAUUGCAAGAAAGGAUAUUAUCUCUAUCACACUGGACAUGAAAAUGAAAUGGAGUGCAAUGAUGUUGUUUUGUUUUGGAGGAUUCAGCAAAUGCUGAAGGUUACUGCCAAUGCACUUCGACAACAAAUUAUGAAUCGAGAAGCUCGUAGGUUAGAUAAAGAAAUAAAAGAAGUAUUAGAAGAUUACAGUCAAGAUAAUGAAAUGAAACAGAAACUGCUGACUGGUAGACGGGUCACUUUAGCCGAAGAAUUAAAACGUGUUAGGCAAAUUCAAGAGAAACUCGAGGAAUUUAUUCAAGCAUUAAACAAAGAGAAAUGAAUAACAUAGACUGAGAGUUUAGAAGCCUGAAACCUAUGGUAUGUGAUAAGUGAUGAUAAGCCCUGGUGGCUUGUUGUUAGGUAUAUACUAAUUUAUUUUCUUCGCUAAUCGAACAAUAAUACAGAUAUAUUAUUAAUCAAGUCUUAUGAUGAGUGGAAACUAUUCAUUUAACUAGUAAGAUUUGAUAUGUAAAAUUAUCCUUCAGACUUUAGCAUUAAAAUUAUGGCCGAUUUUACGCGACUAUGGUAUUUUUACAUUUUUAUUUUAUAUUUAACAAAUUUUGUUAACAGAUUUAAUAUUGUUCGGACACAAAUGCGAAAUAUUGUCAAUAGUUAGUAUUGAUUAAUACCAAAGCGAACAACUCGAGAAAAAUUUCGGAAAUAACGCUUCAGAAUAAUUGAAUACAUGAAAUGUAGAUAUUCUUAAUGUAACUAGAAAAAAUAAUUCUCAUAACAUUUUGUAUAUACGUCUCAUCUGUGCAUACAGAACGAAUAGAAAGGAAUAUACGUUUUGUAUGGGUAGGAAAAGCGGAAUAAAGAAAUAGAAACUGAA